UUUGUGCUGCCUUUUUUUAUUUAUUUAUUCCUACGUGAACGGACUCAACGCACUUCUUGCACAUAAACGGUGAAAAUGACAAUAUAAAGGACCUAUUUCACCUUAUUUUGGAGUAUAUUAGCGCAAGUGAGAGGCUUGCCUACUUUUUAAGAUUAAGAAGACACAUUUUCUGCAGGUAAACCUAAAGCUUUCAGGAAACACUUCUUGUUACUCCCCAUUUGCUGGCGAUUCAGUCUGGAUCACUCUUCCGGUGCCAAAGUAUGUACAGAACAUCCUCAAACGAAACCGGCACUUGGAUAUGACUGCCCGUGUGUUUGCAAGAACUGAAGUAACAACCACACAUCAAUAAGUUCUCUUACUGAAACCCACUGGACGCUGUAUUUUUGCCCGCUCACAAGUGUUUACGUUUUGCUUAACCAUUUGGGAAGAUGAGUCUUAUUCACAACAUUAAAAAGAUGGUUGAAGAGAAAAUCUCUCUAAAGAAAGCAAUUGAGUUUGGUGUUAAUGGGUGUAUUCCAACAAUAAAGCUAUGCAUCAGAAAUGAAAACACCCCCAAAAGUCACUAUGCUUGUUGGUGAGACAACCUGAAAACAAAACAUAUGUGACUGUUACAUCAUUAAAAAAAAGCUGGACCACAAAUGAAGAGCUGACUGUCAAAUAAGAGCCAUAAGGAAAGCCACAGACUCAACCUUACCUUUAAAUUAGUAAGCAUAAUGGCUUGUUGCAAUUUUGUAAGACAAAGAUCGAGUUAGCUUCAUAACACAAGGAAUCUGCAUUCCCUAGCUACAAGAAACCUUCCCUUCAGAUUUAUAUUUAAUUUAUCUCAGUGUUUGGUCUAAUCAGCAAUUAAAUUUGAAAGAGCAUCCUUAAAGCGAGCAUGUCAGUCAAAAGAACACAUAAUAACAACGACAAGAAUGAAAAGCGUAGCUUCUUCAGGAGUAAAGUAUUUAUUCACCUCUUGGGAACACUCUUAACAUACGUUUCAAAUGACAAAUGAAAUGGGUCGCAGAGAAACACGUUACUUACAGACUCUAAAUUGUGAUUCAAUGGCCCAGCAAAACAUGAAAAUGCGCCCAGUGCUACUGAAAAGGAACAGUCUGGAUUCAGCCGAUUUUAUGAGACAGCCACAGCACCGCAGGACCAAAUCCCAGCAAGUUCGAUUCAAGGAUGAUGGUGUGCACACAGAGACGGAACUGGAUACUAAUCCUGCCCAAGACAUAGCAUUCACAACUGGGAAAACAGAAAUAUUUAGGGAUCACAAUUUUUUGCUCCAUUGGUCUCCAUCUUUUCCAAGGGCUCAGAAGGGGCUUCGGAAUAUUGCCAUACAAACAUCUCCCAGCCUCAGGAAACACUACCCUCUUUUUAAAAAGAAAAAGCUGGCAGCAAGCAAAUCGUUAACAGAAAUGCCAAGCGAGCCUGCAAAUUCUGUCCAAAUAAAUGGUGACGUCUCUGAACAAGACAUUAUGUCCUCAGAUCUCUGUUACUUAAGAAUAACUGAUCAUUUGGAAGACGGAUAUAGGAAUAGUGAGGUGGACGGUAAGUUAAGUGAGAGACCGUCAAAAGCACAAAGUAAUGGACCUAACCACUCAGAUGAUUUCUCAGUAUCAGAGAAGACAACUGUUUCUACACAGGUGCCUGAAUACAUACACGUGAGCUUUCCACAAGAAGUGGAAAACGGCAGUGUUUCCAUGGAUGCACCAGACACAGCCACGAAUUUAAGUAAUUCACUACAUUCUCCUACUGUCAUAAAUAGCAAUGAAAGUAAUGAAAACAGCGCAUUGUCGUCUAAUUCCGAAAAAGCAUACCCUUGCCUAAGCAAUUCUACUGAUGGCAGUGAAUGUAACGCUCCUUCUGACUCUUGUGAAGCAGAUAAAAGUGAUUCCGGGCUGCCUGUAGCCAACGAAGAUACGAGCAGUAAGGAAACUACUCCAUUAUCACCUCCAUCAAAUCACAGUUCAUCUCCUUGCGGCCUCGGAGACUAUCAACAGGCAGGAGAGCACAAAGCAGAUUCCAACUGUGUGACAUUAACAAAUGAUGAUCACACAAUAAUGUCAUUGAGCAGCAGUAAUGCAUCAAAAUCCGUUCUGUCAUGUAAUACCGAAAUGGAGAAAAUAUCUGCCCAGUCAGAUAUUUCCCUGUGUAACAGCUGUUUAGAAGGAUUUCACAUAAAGCCUCAUCCUCCAAGGAAUGAAAUAAAACUGCAAACCAACAAAGAGAUUAGUGAAAUAAAUCAAAUUCAUUUGGCACAUGGCGAACUCUGUGCCCUACAAGGCAGGCUGCAGUCUGUAGAGGAAUCCUUGCAGUCGAACCAGGAGAAGAUUAAAAUCCUUUUGAAUGUUAUCCAAGACCUGGAAAAAUCCAGAGCCCUCAGUGAAGGGCGCAACUUCUAUCACACUGGUCAAGACCUCAACAACUGCAGCACCUGCCAGAACACCGCGUGUAUCAUUUACAGUGUAGAGUAUGACUUCAGACAACAAGAAGGAAGAUUUCAUCAGAUUUUGAAAGCACUGGAUCAAGCAGAGCAAAAUCCAGCACCAGCUUCACCUCAGAAGCCACCAACCGAUCAUCCAGCUCCAGAGAAAAAGGAGUUAAGAAGAAAAACAAAAAAAGUCAAAAGAAAAUGCUUCUGGUGGAUUUGACUUCCUUAAGGAUAUUCUCAAAUUUUAAAAGCCACCAGAACAGAAGGAGUUUUCAGAGCACACACCUGAAAAUGACCUAUUAUAAUAUAGCAAAGCUAAAAAGUGUUUAAUUAGAGCAUAAGAAAAA